AUCACUCAAAUAUGUGAUGUCCCAUGGGACGUAUUGGAUGUUCAGACUUUAAGUUAUCUUUAAUCGUUUUGUUUGUUUAGGCUACCCUCGUUAUUGUACGUUGACUUACUUACCGAACGGCUCGGUGGCAUUGGGCGGCGGCAGGUCUCGACGAGGUAAGCUACGUGGGCCUCCGGGAAGCAGAGGUUGGUCGACGGCAUUAAAGGGCAUCAAAGACGAUGCGUUCCUGGACUUUAUUAAGCGAUGCCUCGACUGGGACCCUAGUACAAGAAUGACUCCACCUCAGGCACUGAGGCAUUGCUGGCUUCGCCGAAAACUGCCCCGACCGUUGGACGGUGGAAAUAAUAACGUUAACUUGAACGGGAACGUGAAGCUGGCUCCAGUUGGCAGUGGGGACGCCCGUCGCAUGGCCGCCGAUGGGGCCGCCGCUAACCACCACUUGAACAAUGAUUGGAGCAUCAAUGUAGAUUCGAGUAUAUCGCGCCUCAGAUUACCUCUUAUUUAG